CAAUGUUUUUGAGACUGGUGCAUGCCGUUUACACCCCUCAAUCUGUAAUAUUCCCUGUUAUUUUAAAUCUUUGUGACGUCACGUGAUUCAUCGACAUGAUGUUCGAAACGUGCGCAACUUUUGUGUGUACGUAGGAGGUAUGCAGCUGUAUCAGGAUUGUAAAUAAAUGUCGGACGAAUACCACACUUUGUAGGUGCAUUUAAGAGAAUUUAACGGCAUGUUAUAAAAAUUGGACACUAAGAAAACCAUAAUGAAUUGUGCUAUUGCAAAUCCAACUUCGCUACACAUUUUCCCGUGAAAUUUUGAGGUCAGUACUUUGAAAGCUCUGUGGAUCAAGAGGAAUGUUAGAUACGACACAUCAGCUUUGGCCAGUGUCGUAAUGUGUGCUGUCGCGUCACCUUUAGGUGCAUAUAUUUACCGUUUUUUAUUUGGCGAAACCAACCCCCAACGAAUGUUAGAGCAUUAAAAAUUAUUUGUGGGUGACAGACUGAACUGCAGUUCAGUGCGAGGUUGGAAUGUGACAGGCUGGUUGUGAUUUAGCGAAGUCAGCAAACGUGAUAUUUUUUUAAAAAAAAAGCCUGGUUGUAGUGGCCGACUGAUCUGCAGCUUAGCCCGUUUGAAAAAAUCGCCAAGAGCAUCACUUUUUAUGGUAGUGGCCAUAUUGUUUACUGCGUUUGUCGCGUUUUUCUUAUGUCGCUGGUCACAACCAAGAAGCCGAAGUGCUUAUCGAUCGUGUGUCGCUUUGGAAGCAACAAGCAACAGUUGUGUAUUUUCCCUGUUGACAAACGUAUCAACAGUUUACCUUAAGAGUGCUAAAAUGAGAAAUAUAGCAGUAGAGGUCAUUCUGUUAUCGGGCGCCGGAUUAGCUGGCUGGUAUGGGGGUAGAUGGUCAGAACGUAAACGUUUAAGCACCGCCCAUCCAGUGCUACCUGGUGUGCCUUUGUUUGGAACUGUAUCUGCUGCUGCUCCCAUAACUCCUAAGGAAAUCACGGUAGUUGAUGAAAAUACGACGAACAUGCCAGUACCAAAAAGUAGAGUUUCACAGAUCAUGAGGUUUGGCUUUCCAGGGCUUGACAAUGUGAGAUCGUUUGACGAUUUCAUUUUGUCUUAUGAUCGAAGAAAUCGUGUAGCCCAUUGGGUGUUUGAACACUUAAAACGCGAAUCAGUGAAGCAUAACGAUGCAAUAGAUCGUUCCAAGUGCGAAUUCAAGGAGGAUGACUCUAUUCAUAAAUUCUUUAGGUCAACCAACAAGGAUUACAAGGGCAGUGGAUAUGACAGGGGCCAUCUUGCUGCUGCAGGGAAUCAUCGAAGUAGUCAGACCUAUGUUGAUCAAACAUUCUUUUUGUCAAACAUUGCACCUCAAGUUGGUGUUGGUUUCAAUAGAAAUUCAUGGAACCGUUUGGAGAAACAUGUUCGCAGAUUGACUAAAAUAUAUAAAAAUGUUUAUGUCUGCACGGGUCCUCUCUAUCUGCCCAGGAAAGAAGAUGAUGGUAAAACAUAUGUUAAAUAUGAAGUAAUUGGACCGAACACUGUUGCUGUUCCCACACAUUUCUUUAAAGUGGUUGUUGGAGAAACAAAAGAUGAACAACUGGAAAUGGAGGCUUAUGUUAUGCCAAAUCAGCAGAUUGAUGACAAUACUCCACUCUCAGUGUUCCAGGUCCCACCAGAAAGUAUAGAGAGAGCUGCAGGACUACUGUUCUUUGAUCGGAUUUCGAGAAACAAACUCAGGUUGAUCAAUGGUAAAAAGACAUCAUAUGUUUAAGUAAUGAGAAGAAGUGGAUUGUUACUUUUAGCAGUCAUACAGGCAGGGAUGGAUUGCAGCUGGUUGCAAGAAUUUCUGUGGCAGUUGGACGGGAAGCUAGUCAUGGUAGUUGUAAUGGGGUUAGUUGUUCAGAUGCAUGUGAGGUAACCUCAACAUAAUCAAUAUAUACUGUGUGUGUGUGUGUGUGUGUGUGUGUGAGAGAGAGAGAGAGAGAGAGAGAGAGAGAGAGCGCACGAGCGAGCGCAGGGUUGCCACAGGUUCUGGAAAUUGGGAAUUUCAAACAAGUCAGGGAAAGCAGUGAAAUAUCAGGAAAGGUUGGGGGAAAAAAACACUGGAAGAAUCUUGUUUUUGUCUCAGUAGAUGAAAUGGUAUGUUUACAGAGGUGGCAUGCAUCGUUACUGGCUGAGUGCAGCUGAGUACGUGCACUGCUUCCCUACUCCUUCAUUACUACUGCUUCUCUCCUUCCUACCACUCCCCUCAGCUUGCAGUCAGUGUUGCAGUCUUGCUGCUAGCCUAGCUGCUGCCGACAAGAGGCAGGGAGGCAUGAGGAGCGGUUUGUUUCGAUCUGAUUGUCAAGACUAAUGCAGUGGCUGGAGAUGGCGGUCAUAUGUACGUGAGUUGUGAUUGAGUGUGUGCUCUCAUUUUCUGACAAAAGCUAUGGCUGAAAAUUUAGUUGUGGGUGUGUGGGUGUAUUUUCUACAAGAAUGUUUGCAGCUCAGCAAUCAUCUUUACAGUGAG